UUUGCUAUCUAUCUUGCAGGUACUGGCAGAGCGGCGAGCGAGCCAGAGAGCCGGGGAGGCUGGUCGAGGCGGAGUGCGGCAAUCGGGGGCGACCCUCGGAGACGGGCCAAGCCGGCAGGAGGUAAAACCAAGCCUUAAAAAGACAAGAUGGAUCUUCAUGUGCUGAACAUGUUUGUCAUAGCUGGAGGCACUUUGGCCAUCCCCAUCUUAGCCUUUGUGGCUUCUUUUCUCCUGUGGCCCUCGGCGCUGAUCAGAAUCUAUUACUGGUACUGGCGUCGGACCCUGGGUUUAACGGUUCGCUACGUCAGCCAUGAAGACUACAAGUUCUGCUAUUCCUGCCGGGGGAAGCCUGGAGCCAAACCUUCCCUUCUGAUGCUGCAUGGCUUCUCUGCCCAUAAAGAUAUGUGGCUUCAUGUAGUCAAGUUCCUUCCAAAAAACCUUCAUGUGAUCUGUGUCGAUAUGCCCGGCCAUGAGGGUACCACCCGCUCUUCCUUAGAUGAUUUAUCAAUAGAUGGACAAGUUAAAAGGAUUCACCAGUUUGUGGAGAGCAUCAAGCUAAACAGGAGGCCUUUCCACCUGGUGGGCACUUCCAUGGGGGGCCAUGUCGCAGGGGUGUAUGCUGCCUAUUAUCCAUCGGAUGUCUGCAGUCUGACGCUGGUGUGUCCUGCUGGCCUGCACAUAACUACCGAGAACGCCUUCGUGAAGAAGCUCAAGGUACUUCAGGAAACAUGCGCUGUGGAUAAAAUCCCCUUAAUCCCAUCGACCCCAGAGGAAAUGGCCAACAUGCUGAAGCUCUGCUCCUACGUCCGCUUCAAAGUGCCGCAGCAGCUUUUACAAGGCCUUGUUGAUGUUCGCAUUCCACACAAUGAUUUCUACCGAAAGUUGUUUUUGGAAAUCGUAAGUGAAAAGUCAAGAUACUCACUCCAAGAGAACAUGGAGAAGAUCCAAGUCCCAACACAGAUCAUCUGGGGGAAGCAAGAUCAGGUCCUGGAUGUGUCUGGAGCUGACUUGUUGGCCAAGGGGAUCUCCAACUGUCAGGUGGAACUUCUGGAGAACUGUGGUCAUUCCGUGGUGAUGGAGCGGCCCCGCAAGACGGCCAGGCUCAUCGUGGAGUUCUUAUCUUCUGUGCACAACGCAGCCAACAACAAGAAGCACGACUGAGCUUCCUUUGGGCUCCAGCGCCUCCCUGACAUCUGCUCAGAUUUCAGAAUUCGAUGCUCUGUUCGCUUCUCAGGGAUCCUGUACCCAACCCACAGGUGAAGAGGUGAAGUGCCAAAAUCCCUGCGGAAUCCAGAAUCACAAUCAUUUUCUAAAUGACUAGCGCCAUGGCUCUCUGCUUUCAUAAGGAACUAGAGAGGAUCUAAUUUUCUUUCUUUUAAACAAAGUGGAAAAUCAGGUGAAACAAAAGAAAUCGAGCCAUGGAAUACACAGAGAAGUCUUUUACAUUCACUCAGUGGACAAUGCAGGGGCAGCUUUGUGCCAGCCCGACCCGUAGUGGGCUUUACCCUUCCAGUCUGUGCGAAGCCCGAGACCUUCCUUACUGACUGAGACGUCACAAUAUUUCUGUUAGAACCUUCCGCCUUGCAUGACGACCUGUUGUGAUAGGAGACAUUCUCACGUUCUGGACACCCAACAAAGUGGUUACUCCUACUUGUGUCUCAUUUACUGAAGCUCUAUCUGGAGACCUAGACAGGAGAGACAUUUAUGAGCCGAAGCUCCCAGACCAUCUAGUCUAAAAUGUUUACAGUUGUCGGAGAGGGGAGAGGUGUCAAGUUUGGGGUCAGCUCUAAGGGCUCUUGUCUUGGCAGGGGACGUGGGUCAUCAGUUGAGAACAGACAUUGCUGGGGGAAUGAAACUCAGGUUGCCGGGCAUUCAUGUCUCUGGAAUCAUUCAUUUUGAAAGAAUUGGGGUCUAAUCAGUAAACCAAGCAAUAAUCCUCUAGGUAAUGAUGUGAAUGAUCAAAUUAAGGUUCCAUCCUACACAAACAAGUGACUUGCUUCUUUUCUAUUACCCCAUGCUGCUGAAAAUCCUUGGAUGUAAAUGAAGUGUUUAUACUCCUGAAUUCUAUGAAUUCUCCGCACAGUCGUGGGAUUGAUGACAAGGGUUACAGCCAUAAAAUUUUCCUGAAAUGACAUAAAAGUCAAUCUGAUUCGAUCAGGACCACAUAGGCAAUGAUUCUAUUUUCAAACUCCUAAGUGAGCUCAUGUGUUUGUUAAAGGGGAGAAAGAUGAGUGUGUUUAUAGAAAAGCUGGGUGGCCAGUGUGGGUGAUUUCUAAGUCUUGUUUUGUAUCCUGGCUGAAAUGGUGUGUCUGGAGUAAAGAACAAGCCUAUUGAAA